AAUGGAAAAUUUGAUAAUACAGUAAAUAGGAAAAUUGCGCGCGCUUUGUAAUAUAUUCGUGUAUCUAUUCCGGAGAUUAAAAAAUUUUUAAAUAUUUUUUUUAUUUCUUUAAUUACAAUAUCACGACAUAAUUCUCAUGGAUUUAUAAUAAAUUAUUAUCUAAAUUAUUAUUCCUGAAUUAAUAUCCCUGAAUUAUUAUCUGUUAGCGCAUAUAUCGAACAAAGUGUUUUGAUGAGUGAAAUUUAUUUAUAUACAUAUCGAAAAUCGUAUAUUAAAAGCGAGACGAGAUGUUUAAGCUUUGAUCGCAUCAUAUGUAAAAGGCAAAAUGAUUAUCGCGUACAUGUUGGCAAAACAAUUUCAAAGAGUGGAGUUUGCAUUUAAUUUUAACGUCAGUAGCUUUCGAAUUAACGAUAAUACGUAAUUAUAUUAAACGUGCUUACCCUUCGCCCUCUGUAACAGACUCGGAGAUGGUUGCAAUUUAGCGGCUCGUAAUUACCAUUGUGCCAUUUGUCUAAUUUAACAUUGCAUUCUGCCGCGCAUUGCUGUUGAUGAAUAAAUUUACGUGGAUGUAUUUGCAAGGAGACGUGCACAGUAUAUGUUGGUAUAAGCAUGCUUCUCGUUAUAAAAUUUACUCCACCGCGACGCGUUUGUGUUCCCAAAUAUUUCGAAAGUUCAUACCACAGUAGCUGCCGUCGUUUUGUAUCUCCCAAAAUAAUUUUCUUAUUUGACGUUUAAAAAUGCGGUAACUAUAUCAGAGAUUUUAUUACGAAAUUGACUGCGUUUAAAUUUUGUUUUGACCGUUCGCAUAUUUGUUUUCGACUAAUUAUGCUCUUUUAGGAUAUAAAUAUUUUUCCGUAUUAUUAAGUCGGAUUUAUUCUCUUCAUCCUCCGUCCCUUCUCUUUCUCUUUCUCGUUUCUAAUAUUUUCCUUGUUGAAGUGGGUGCAAGCAAGUCCGUUAAGAACGGUGACGUUUCCGCUACACGCUGCGUUCUCCACGUUCCAAUUUCCAAGACAGUAAAGUGUCAGCGUCCAGUUCCGUCGUGAGACGUGUUGUUUGGCCAAUUAAAAACGAUGUCUAAUUGCGAAUCUUCUCGGCGUAGCGUCGGUGUAGCCUAACUGUAAAUCACGGGUAUAACUGUGCGACGCCAGCAGUGGUAACGGCGAGAUCGUCGCCCUGCUGAAGAUUUGUUCCGCUACAUCGCCGUAGGUACCGACCUCUCGCUCACAGUCGCGCAGCUCGUCGUCUGUUACCGGCAUAUUCACAAUGUAACGUUUGUAACUGUGGAGCAAUGACUCAACGCGAAACCGGAAGCUUUCAACGUUUGCCACUCGUCAAUUAAGAUCCUGCCCCACAAAUUGCGACAAUGCGCUUGUCAAGCAUAUUUCCAUUGAUCGUUCUACUGACUGGGGCUAACGCGGCCGGUAUCGGCGAGGCUUGGCAAGUAACGCCGCAUGCGAAAUCCGUCUAUACGGAUCAUCCGUUUCGACCACGACUGGACUCUUCGGCAUUCGAGGUUCGCACCGUAAGCGGAGUAGGUCGUCUGGCCCCUCUCGACGAAUCGGCAAACGCUCCGAAGCAACGUCCGGAAUUCACCACACUGAGUUCCGUAGAACCGGACGCUCUUCCGGCUGGCGAGCAGGCAUCUCGAGAGAGCAGAAACUUGGAGCAUUUACGAGAGAGUUUGGAGGAUUCAUCGUACAAUGACGACGACGACGAUGAGACCGAAGAGGAAGAUGGAAUUGAGGACGACGCCGUUCCUAUUCGAAAGUUGUUUAAAACAGAACUUAUGAUGAGAUUAUUGAAUUUAAAUAAGGAAGAUGAAGAUGACGAUGACGAUGACGACGACGACGACGAUGAAGGGGAGUCUCCGAAUGAUACGAGAGGACUCAUACAACGUGUUCGUCGGCAAGCAGAGAACGAGACGAGCAUGGAGAAGAUCUCAACGACUAAAAGCGUGCGUGAAGCUCGCCUGAACUUUCCCGAAACAUGGUCGACAUCGGUGCAACCGUUCUCGGUGGAGUUCCGUCAUCGUAUCCCUCUGGACCAAGUGGUUCAGCAACAACAGGAAGAGGAGGCAGCUCUGUCCAGCAGUUAUCGAAGGCAUCAGGCGCCUCGUGCGGACUUUGUGACGAGUCACCACCGACGAAGCUAUCCCGAAAGCCGUGAAUCCAGGGAUAUGCCGAUCACUAGGAACUACCAGGACGACUAUGAGACUCCAUGGUACAGGAACGCGAUACGCGAGAGAGACUACGAGUUCCCGUCGUACCGCCGAGGAUAUAGUUACCAGUAUCCUGAUCGUUACAGGACGGAGAGAGAUUAUUAUAUACGACCGUCGAACGACCCAUACUACUACGAUCGUUACGAUCGUUACAGGGAGGACGACUUCGACCUCUACGGCAGAAGCCGACCGACUCCCAAGCCUAAACGUAUCAUCUACUACGCCACCCUGCCGGAGAUCGUGAGGAAACCGGUGGAUCUGAGAAAUUACCCGCGAACUCCCUACGACGCGGCGAACACCGCUAAGUCCACGGGCACACGAGACAGCACUUACAAACGUAUACCGGGCAAUGUCGAUCCCAGCAGGUUUCGAUAUCGAAACCUGUACGACGCCUACGACCCGUACAUGAAAAGGUCGAGUUACUAUGAGCGUCCCUAUGGAUAUUCCGACUCAAGCGACACACGACAUGUCAAGAUCUCGACGAAGGAGAAUCUGCGGAAUGACGAGUUCAGCGCGGGCAAUGAGCGGAAGGUGAGCAAUCUCAUAACGAUCCGUGACGACGACGGCAAGCUGCCGUGGCCGAUGCAGAUAGGCGCGGAGGUGAGCAUCAAGGAGGAUGAGAGGAUCCCCGGCAGGAAAAUCUUUGGCGACAGCGCCUCCGGCUACGAGAGAUUCCAGAGCGCGCAGCUGCAAAAGGCACCGGACGCCACGGGUUCCAGCGAACUCCAAAAUGACAAUUAAUUCAUUAAUCAAAUGCCACACAUUCGUAAAUCACUUUGUGGAUAUGAGCUGGACAUAUGACACGCAAAAUUAUACGAGAGAGGCUAGAUAUGCGUACAAGUAGGACAAGUAUAAGCAAAACAUAUGUAAUAAAUAUCUUUAUACGAUAUGCAGGAUAUCCUAGGCUUAGAAAGCCAUCCUUCGUUUGAGCUUCUUUGAUCAACUCGAGAUAGAUUUUUCUGAAUCGAUAUUUAGUCGAUCGUACGAAUUGUGUGUGUGGAUUUCAAAUAUUGUUCUGUUGUCAUAAGUUAUCACUGUUGCAAUUAUUCGAUUUCAUGUACACACAAGCAAAGUUGUUGGGUGAUACAGGAAAAAGAUAAAAAUUGAUAGUCAACUAAUCAUUAGUUGAUUGUCAUCGUAAGUGAACAAUCACCACGUAAUCGAUUGUUUUUAACAUAUAAAGACUAUAUAUCGAAUUUCUCCAAAAUUCUUCAACCGAUAAUCGAAGAUUAUUAAAAUGUUUCAUUUAACUAAUUUGAGGGGCGGCAGUAGGGGAGGUUAUGGUUUAAAUGUGUUGGGUACUCGGUUGGUUUAUUACUUGGGGCUAUUUGGUGUGGUAUAUUUAAAUAUAUAAAAUUAUUGGAAUAGAGUAUAUAUGAGAAUUGGCUGAAAUAACAGCUGAUUUAUUCAUUUAUGCUUAUGUAUAAUUUUUAUUGGCGUACAAAAUAUUUGCAAUAUGAAAUUGGAGUAUAUUUCUUUUUUACCAUCGCAUAUGCCUAAGAAAUAAGUUUUAUACUAAUUUAAUAAUUACAUUAUAUAUCCGCGAUUAUUAAAUUAAGAAAUUAUUUAAUAUACGUAUAUGUAUAAAAAAUUGAGAGAUUCCUUACACACUCUUUUCUCUCUCGUCUAUUUUAUAUGUUCAACAAUAAAGUUCCGAGAUUCAGUUUUCGCUGAAUCCACUGAUUUUUAAUUUUCCUAAUA